AUGUCUGGAAACGGUACAAGAUUUUCGGAUUUGGUAAAGUUGUAUGAUGGCGAAGGAGACUUCUCGGAAUGGCUGAAAAAGUUGGAGCUUGUAUGUAAACUUCAGAAGGUUAAAGAACUACAAUCAGUGCUUCCCUUGUUUUUGUCUGGAGGAGCAUUUGCCGUCUACGAUGGGCUUACCGACGCAGUUAAGAGUGAUUACUCCGCCCUGACUCAAGCUUUGCAGCAGGCUUUCUCUGCUAACUGUUUCCAAGCGUAUGAGGAGUUCAUAUCCAGACGUUUGCUUCCAGGAGAAUCUGUUGAUGUCUACGCAUCUGAUUUGAAAAGGUUGGCUAAAUUAAUAGAUUCUUCAGUUUCUGACGAGUGGAUAAAGAGUUCUUUUGUUCACGGACUACCCAGAGAAGUUCAAAAUCAGUUAAAGGCGGCAUGUUGUUUGCAAGACAUGGAGCUGUCAAAAGUGUUAGAAAGGGCGAGAAGUUUAGUGAAUGGAAGUGAAUCCAAUGUUGGAGCCGCCGCUCAGAUGGAAGUGUCCGUGCUAUUAGGAAUGGAUGCGAUUUCUGCAAUGGGUGGAGUUACGAUUCAGGGGGAUGGUGGCGUAGAAUUUAAAAAGGGUUUGUGUACUGGAGCAGUGGCUGAAUCUGAGCAAAAGGGUGACGGUGACCAGAAAAUCAUCAGGGAGAUCGAAUCCAAGCAAGAAAUUAAUAUUGAAAAGAAAUCUGCAGAGAAAAUCAUUAUUGAAGACUGUGAUUUUAAGGCAGAAUUUUUAGAUGGAAAAUGGACAGUGGAAUGGAAUUGGAAGGAUGUGAACAGACUGCCUAUGUUGGAAAAUCAAGUAAAAAUGUACAGAAUUCCUGAGAAUGCUACCGAAGCCUUCGAAACUGAAGUUGAAGAAUGGAUAAAAAGUGGUUGGCUGCAGCCCUAUCAUGGAGAGUUUGAAGGUGUGAUUCCUUUGAUGGCUGUCAUACAGCAAAAUAAGGAUAAAGUGCGGCCUGUAAUGGACUAUAGAGAACUUAACCAAUUCGUUUCAAGCCAUACAGCUGGAAGUGAGGUUUGUAGUGAAAAGUUAAGAUUGUGGAGACGAUUGGGUGAACAUGUGAGUACAGUUGAUCUUCGUAAAGCGUACUUGCAAAUUCAUAUUGCUCCACAUUUGUGGAAAUUUCAAGUUGUCAAAUUUAAGGGUGAAAACUAUUGUUUAACUCGACUUGGGUUUGUGUUAAACGUUGCCCCAAAGAUUAUGGGCAGUAUUGUUAACAAGGUUUUAUCGAUGGAUCCGAUAGUUAGGAGUGCCACAGAUUCAUAUGUCGAUGACAUCGUCGUUAAUGAAGAAAUCGUCAGUAGUGAUGUUGUGAUUAGAUUGUUGGAAACAUAUGGUUUGACAGCAAAGCCGGCAGAAACGCUUGAUGGAGGCAGAGUAUUAGGACUAAGGCUGAGAAGAGCAGGAUGUAAGCUAAUGUGGUACAGAGAUAACAAAUUAAAACCUUUGGACCAAGUUAAAACAAAGAAAGAUGUUUUCUCGUUGUGUGGGCAAUUGAUUGGACACUAUCCAGUAGCAAGCUGGCUUCGACCUGCAUGUAGUUUCGUUAAGAGACAUUUGUCGGAUCUGAAGUGGGAUGAUUUGAUCAGUGAACGUGCGCAAACUAUGUUAACAAAUAUUAUGGAUCGAAUCGAUGAAAGAGACCCAGCCACUGGCAAAUGGGCUGUGUCCCCUGGAGAAGAAGGAAAAGUGUGGUGUGACGCAAGCAGUCUAGCGAUCGGAGUUUGUCUAGAAAUUGAAGGUGAGAUAGUCGAAGAUGCUUCGUGGCUGAGGAAGCAGCAUGAUUCAGCACAUAUCAAUUUAGCAGAAUUGGAAGCUAUCCUAAAAGGAGUAAAUUUGGCCCUGCGUUGGGGGUUAAAGAAGAUCGUAUUCAUCACGGAUUCAGCGACAGUUCAUGCUUGGGUGUCAUCUAUACUGACGGGGGACCGUCCUAUCAAAACACAUGGGUUAAGUGAAGUUUUGCCGCCAAACCCAUCCUGUACUUCGAGAUGGAAGGAAGGAGUGGUUACUGGACAGUUUUCACCCAGAAGUGUUGAAGUAAAUGGCAGGCCUCAUCACAUAGCAGAUGUGCGAAAAGUAGUUGAGAGUAAAAAUGAAAGUGUAAGUUGUGUCGGCACCUCGAGGGCGUGUGGUGGUGUUGACACCACGGGGGCGUGUAGCUGUGAACUAGCAUCAGCUGACUAG